AUGCUGUCCAAAUUCCUCGCCGCAGGCGCAACCCUGGCACUUUUCUUUUCAUCCGCAAUUGCCCUUGAUGCCCCUGUCAUCAAAGACAACCAACCUCAAACCGUGUACGAAGCUGUUUUCCAGGACAAAGACAACAGCACUGUUCGAGGAAAAUAUACUGCCUAUGGUGCUGAUGAUGGAAUUGGAAUCCAUUUUCGUGUUACUCUUACUGGAGUUCCGAAAGAUACAUUUUUAAACUACCACAUUCACGACAAGCCGGUGCCCGAAGAUGGCAACUGCUACUCCACAGGUGGACACCUAGACCCUUACUUGCGCGGUGACCAGCCUCCUUGCAAUACCACCGUGCCUGAGACAUGCCAAGUCGGGGACAUAAGUGGAAAACAUGGACCUGUGUGGACUGCCGAUGGCGACUUCGACGUCUUGUACAGGGACUUCUUCCUUUCGAAUGUGAAAGAUACUGUCGCCUUUUUCGGUAAUCGCUCGGUCGUUAUACACCUGCCUGAUAACAAAAGGAUCAACUGUGGUAAUUUCCACUUGGUGUCUGAUGAAGAGGAGAUGGGGAAAGAGGCGAAGAAAGACCAGGGUUGUUAA